UAAAACGCACGCCCUAGCAUCUUGUGGUUAUGCUUAGUGUUAUGCUUUGCUAGUCAGCUAAUGUUUAAUGUUUGUUAGCUACAUUAGCUAGCUCUUUAUGUAUAAUUGUUCCAAACUGUAAAUUAAGAUUUUAACCAGCAUUUUUUUUUUAACCUAAGCAAAUUACCUACCAGACUCAAAAUAUUAAGAAGAUAAACGUUUGAUUCGAUGGAUAUACAUUUUCUCUAUUCAUUACAAGGAUGACUGGGAAACGUACUGAAGCCUGGGGGAGAUGACUUGCACCCCACUCAGGGCAUGGUCAGGAUGGGGCCAGAUGUGCCCCUGCUCAAUGAAUACAAGCAGGAGUUCUUCUGGAAGCGCUUCCCUCAGACAGUGCUGGGGGGUCCGCGCUUCAAGUUGGGCUACUGUGCCCCGCCUUAUGUCUAUGUCAACCAGGCAGUCUUAUUCCUGACGCCAUGGCUGUUAGGUGGCAUUGGGACACUGCUAUGCCAACUGAAGCUGCUGGAGGAGCUCCAUGCUGCUGUACUGUCUGGUCUGCUGAUGCUAGGGGCAGCAGUGGGUGUUCAGGCCCUGGCACUAUACGCUGCCCGCAGGACUGGCACAGUGGAACGGUUGGGAGUGCCCAACAUCCUGGCUGACGAGGAGGAGGUGGAGUUCACUCACUGUGUGGGCCCAGAAACUGUGAGGUUCAUCGCCCCUGGGAAGAGGUUUGGGCUGAACGUGGUGCUUCACACUGUGCUAGCUGGGGCCCUCUGUGGCCUAGGGACGUGGUAUGUGCUCCUGGGCAGGUUGACUGCACUCUAUGACAAUGUGGGUGUUGCCUUGGUGGUGUUUGUCCUGAGCUGGGUGACCCUGUGUACGGCGGAGUACUCCCUUAUCGUCAACACUGCAACGGAAACGGCCACAUUUCAGGCACAGGACACCUAUGAAAUCACCCCCCUCACACGACCACUGUACAUAUUUACUUUCAUAGCUGUGGACCUAGCUGAUCGGUUUACAGGUCCAGUAGCCGAGCUCCAGCUAACCAGCCAGGUUCUUCAUGUGGUGUUUUUGGUCCUACCUCUGCUGUGGGCACUGGGUAUGCUGUCACCCUUGGAUGCCCUGUUCCUUUGGGGCAUGGAACAGGCUCUGGUGUUUGGUCUAGGAGGCUCUCCCAUGUCCAGUAACCUUCGGUAUAUUUUCCUUUCUAUGUUGCUGGGGAUGUUCGCCAUGUCUGUAUGUGUCACUGUUUGUACCUUCUUCAUCCCGUCCACAUUGGGUGUGACCCUUUUCUCCAUGGCCAUGGGGUUUCUGCUUAGUUUGGAUAUUAGCCAGUUUUUGAGACAUUGCAGCGGUGGGUCCUGGGAGGCUCGGGAUGACCAAGGAUGGCAUAAGGGGACAACUCCUACCCCUGUCCUCGGGUUUGGCUGGCGGCUGGGCUUCAGGGAGCUGCUGCUCUAUCUGGGAUUGCUCCUGGGGGCGAUGGCUGAGGCAGGGCUAAUGCAUCACUUCCUCAGUCCAUCCCAGAACCAGUUCAGAGAACCUCAAGCUGCAGUUGGCUACCUCCUUAUCAUCCUCUUUGUCGUCAUCUGGGCUCUCAGAGAAAUCCAAGGAGCCUAUGUUUUUGGGGUGUUUCUAAACCCCUUGUACCCAAGGGGAAUGGCCAAUGUCCAGGUGUUCAAGCAACGGAGCAAUGGUCUCCAUGUGGCUGGAGCUAUCAGGAGAGUGUUGCUGAAUCUUGUAUCUCCCUUUGCAAUGAUUGCCUUUUUGGCAAUGGAUGGCUCUGUUCAGCAGCUGCACACAGCCUCUCUCAGCGUGGGAUUCACCAGGGCCUUCAGAGUGGUGUGGCAGAGCUCGGAGGAUGCCCUGCUCCAGAUGGUGGUGGUGGUGUCAGUGAGGCUGGCAGCUGGAGACAGCCAACUGCCUGGGUGGGACAGCCUGGGCACAGGUGUUCAGCUGCUUCUGGUGGGCCUGCUGAGUGAUCGGCUGCUCCAGUUCCUGUCCAAGCUGAAGUUUGCCCUGGCUGUCCUAGUGACCUCCUGGACUGAGAAGAAACAGCGGCGCCAGUCGGCUGGGACCCUCCUGGCCCUGAACUCCUCCCUGUGUCCUCUGCUGCUCUCUGUGGUGGUCCUGUCUGCCAUGCUCUCUGCUCCCCUGCUGCCCCUAUUCACCUUACCCAUCUUCCUGGUGGGCUUUCCCAGGCCACAGCGUAGUUGGCCUGGGCCCGUAGGCACUGCCUGCCCCUGUUCAGACUCCAUCUACUACCAGCAGAUGAGUGGCAGUCUGGCCUCGGCUUUAAGGAGUGCCUUUGCCAGGGGAUCACUGGGUGUUGUGGUUCCCGGCUCCCAUUUCCUGGGUCGAUUCCAGGACCGCAUGGUUUGGAUCAUGAUCUUGGAGAGAGGAUAUGGCUACUGCACUGUCAACAUCAAGGGCCUGGAACUGCAGGAGACCUCGUGCCACACGGUUGAGGCCCGGAGGGUGGAUGAGGUCUUUGAGUGGGCCUUUGAGCGCCCUGAGCGGCUUGGUCUCAACCAAGGGCUAAACCUUCACUGGGGCAACGCGCUCACCCCCUGCGCUGCCCUGCCGGUGCGUGUCUACUCCGACGCCCGCAGUGUGCUUUCCGGCAUCAUUGACUCACAUGACAACCUGAGGAAGCUACAGGAUGACUUCCUGAAGGCCCUGGUGUGGCUGCUGCUGAGGAACAGUGUCCAGAGGCGCAGGACCUUCCCUUGGGGUGCCGAGGAGGGGGCUGGGAGCAGAAAGUCCCCGUCAUCCCGGCUGGGACCUUCAGUUGUUACCCACCCUGCAGAGGCCAUCAUGGUGGAAUCCAACGUCUCCCCUCGGAGGUUCAGACAGGACAGCUCCAGUUUGACCUCCUUUGGUGACUGGUCAGAUGAGGAUGACCUAUUUGGGCCUCAGCCAGCCAGGCGGACGGUGGCGCUGGUGAGUACAGAGGCCCAGCUGGGGGACACAGUGCGCCAGACUGGCCCAUCACUGCCAGGCUCUGUGGAGAUGGACAGUCUGUUUGAGAACAUGGCCCUCUCAGCCCUCCAGCCCCUGCAGCCGCUGGGUCUGGGUCUGCCAGCUGUGGACAAGGGCAGGAACACUGAAGUUCUCCCCUCAGAGACCGCUAGCACCAUGGCUCAUAUUAACUUUAGCUGCCCCCAUUCUGAGCUGUUCAGCCUGCCCCCUGGGUGGAGGACAGCCCCCUUAUUACCCUCCCGGCUGCAGCAGCUCAGAUCUUUGUUCCCUGAGGAGUGGUUUGGAUAUACUUUGGGGCGGUUGGCACUGGCCAUUCAUGAUGAGGCAUCUGAGGAUGUGAGCAAUGCCCUGAAGGAGGAUGUGGGUCUGAAGGACCUACAUGCUCAGGUGGCCCUGUCAUGCCUUGUAUCUCUGGGGGCAGAGUCGGCCUUCACCAGCCCCAGCUAUGUGUAUAGGGUCUACUGUGGGGAUGUGCCUUGGACAGAGGGGCUGGACUGGCUCUCUGAAAACAAAGAACUUUACCAGCUUGCACUCAAGGCUUUCAGGUACAGUUUCAAGCUGCUGUUUGAUCAGGCAAGUUUGGGGCCAAUGGAGAGUCCUGAGGAGUUGUUCAGCACUCUGGAGGAGUAUGAGAAGGACUGGUACAUUGGUCUGGUGACUGAGAGAAGCUGGCAGGACAGUGUCCUUCAGGAGAAGCCAUUCCUCUUCUCACUGGGCCAUGACCUCACCAUGGGCACUUACACAGGGCGGGUUCUGUCCCUGCAGGAGCAGCUGGUUCAGGUGGGCCGUCUGAACGGGGAAGGAGUGCGAGGCCAGUGGGCUAACCUGUCCUGGGAGCUUCUCUACGCCACCAAUGAUGACGAGGAGCGCUACAGCAUUCAGGCUCACCCCAUCAUGCUGAGGAACCUCACAGUCCAGGCAGCGGACCCCCCUCUCGGCUACCCCAUCUACUCCUCUGUCCCCUUGCACCUCCCCUGCUUCUAACCACAAACGGCUAUUUACUUCCCAAUUUCCUAAGUAUCAAAAGCACUGUCUUCCUCCUAGGGAUCUGCACCAAGUCAUUCUGCUUCUCUCCACACUGCUCUUCUAACCAGGAAGUCACGUGAGUCAUUCUGUUUGAGGGCCAAUCCCAGAUGGAGCCCUGAGCUGUACAGCGUGUGCAUUUAUGGAGAUCCCAGAGGAUUUGACAUGGUGUAAGUAAUCUCAUAAUAGCUCCAGUUUGUCAUCUGAUGAUUAUUACUUCAAAUCCUCUCAGAUAUUCACAACUGCACAGGGAUGUAGGGCUUGGGGGUCCAUCUGGGAUUUGGCUGCUCUCACCUGACGACCUGGGUUAGCUUUGCAGGUGUUCAAACUACCUGAGGAAGAUGCUAAAGCGCAAUGAUAUCAGGACAACCCUGCUGCUGAUGCCAAUUAGAAUCUGGCUUCCUAGCCAUUCGACAGCUUGAGGCAGUCAAAGCAUAAACCUAAUCAGCUUUGUUCUACGAAAGUCAUUUUGACUUGCUCCUCAGUUGGCCUGUGCAUCCCGACUGCUUCUGGUUUGCCCAGCUUUAUCAUUAGCUCGGCCUGAUCUUGUUGGAUGUGUAGCCAGUCUAUGAUGUUAAGGCAUCCCAGGACAGCAGACAGAAACAAAUAAUUCACAGCAACAGCACAAUACUGAUGUCUACAGCAUUACGGCAGUUUAUUAUAUGAAUUAUCAAAUGCGUGGUACUAGUUUAAACAGUGAAAUGUGAGCGUUCUGGGUGAAAUGUAUUGACAUUUUCAAAAUAUUUUUUCAUCAUUCACUUUUUCUGGAACAAAUGUGUCCCUUUUCAAUUAAAUAUUUUCUUGUGUCAAUUGUUUUCUUUUGUACUGUAGUUGCUAAUGUGUUUUUGUGGUUUGGUUUUUAUCAAAUGUGAUUGGAUACAACAACCUGGAGAGGAUAGCCAACAGUGCUUCCAAAUACAUUAACUUAACUUGCAAAUGUUUCCCGUUAUAUAAUGCCUCCAGUGCAGAAAGGGACACAUUCUGCGUUUUAUUAUCAAGUUUUAAAAUCCAUGGAUGUUUCUUUUCUAUCCUCUUGUUUACAGUUUGACUAUGUAGUGUGUCAUGUUUUCCUGUACAUAAUGUUUAUGAUAGUGUGGUUUGUGUAUUGGAUGUAUUUGUAUAUAUGUGUAAUUGUAUAUACUUAAAAGAUACCUGAUAGUC